UCUCUGCGUCUGUCUGCGUCUCGAAAUCUUGGAAUGAAGAUACGUUAAUCUUCUACAUGAUGAUACACUAUUGUUUCCUUCGUAUUUUCAAUUCAUUCUUUAUUUUCUCUUCAUAUUUCAUUUUCACAUUUUCUCUACAUAUUUUCUCAUCAUUCUGCAUUCUGACAAUCAAUACUUCUAACGCGAUGAACAUCCCCAGACAGAAAGUCAAAGCGCCGGUGAAUGAAAUGAGCCUUCAGGCUCAAGGAUUGUCUGCAGCUGAAAAAGGCUCGGAAGAACUCUUGGUCAUCAGUCUUCAGAAACAAGCUCCGUCAGAUGCGAAAGAAGGCUACAAAGAACCUGAGAUCUGUAUUUGCAGAUGGAAGCUGCAAUGAGACAAUCACCACCCCAAGGAGAACCAGCUGCUGAGGACGAUUCUGAGGGGACGAUGUAUUUGAUCUGCCAAGCCAUGUAGAGAGGGAUUGGUUAUAAAAAUAAUGCAUUUUUUUAUUGCCAUUUCGAAUUCUUUUUUUUUUGUUUCUCUUGUAUAUUGUUUAUACUUAGAUUAAAUAUUUUGUCUCAUUGAACACCAUUUGUAAUACCUUUUGGUAAAUCCUCAUCAUAGUUUGUCAUUACAGAUUUUUUAUAAGGAUUGUACAGUUAUAAUAAUAAACUGAAAAUGGAAACUAAAGACUCUUGAUAUACUAAUUACUUGUCAUAUGGAAAGAGAAGAAGACUUAUUGUUAACAAUAUUAUUAAAAGAAAUUAAUUUUAAGGAUUCAAACUCCAGUAUUAAUAUGUUCCAUUUUUGACGGAUGUGGCAAAAUAGUGAAAAGUGAAAGAUAGAAUUUAAAAUCUUAUAUUAUCGACGUUGCUUUUUAUCCUUUUUAAAUUCCGAUUUCAAAAAUUAAUUUUAUA